CGAACCCGGUGGCGAACUGGAUCCACGCGCGCUCCACGCGCAAGAAGCGCUGCCCGUACUCGAAGCUGCAGACGCUGGAGCUGGAGAAGGAAUUCCUGUUCAACGCGUACCUGAGCCGCGAGCGCAGGUACGAGGUGGCGCGCGGGCUGAACCUGAGCGAGCGCCAGGUGAAAAUUUGGUUCCAGAACCGGCGCAUGAAAAUGAAGAAAAUGAAUAAAGAGAAAAGCGAGAAG